AUGUUCAAGUACUUGGAAUCUGUUGAUGUUGAUGAUUCUAAAGAUGUCAAGUCAGGCUACUCCAUCACUCUUAACUUCUCUGAGAAUCCGUACUUUGAAGACAGAAAGCUUACCAAGUCAUAUGCCUUUGCUGAUGAUGGAACAACCACAAUAAAUGCCACUUCCAUUAAGUGGAAGGAGGGAAUGGAAAUUAAUGGGAAUGCCAUUAAGAAGAAAGGAAGCAAGCGCCCAUUGGUUGAAGAAAGUUUCUUCACCUGGUUCACUGAUACAGAGCACAAGAGCCUUGCUGAUGGGGUGCAAGAUGAGUGGCAGAGAUCAUCAAAGAAGAUUUGUGGCCGAACCCAUUGA